GAGGGUUUCCCCACCUGUGUGUGAUUGGACAUGCAGGCCCGCAGAAUCAGAUUUAACCUCAUUGUGCUCAUGAGCAAAUGCCCGUGAGGGUUUGGACGAGGAACAAGCUGCAGCAUCAUAACAGUAGCUUUUUGUUAGGUUUGUUUUGGCAAUGUCUCCAGUAAAGCAGAGUUCCUCUGCAGCGGCCCCGUUGUCUCAGCUCAAGAUGUACAGCUUCAUGGGCGGGGGCCUGUUCUGUGCCAUCGUGGGCAACAUCCUGCUGGUGGUCUCCACUGCCACAGACUACUGGAUGCAGUAUCGUCUGUCUGGAAACUAUGCCCACCAGGGUCUCUGGCGGUACUGCAUGUCCAACAAGUGCUACAUGCAGACCGACAGCAUAGCUUAUUGGAAUGCCACCAGGGCCUUCAUGAUCCUGUCAGGAAUGUCGUGCUUCGCAGGCAUCAUCGCCGGCAUCAUGUCCUUCUCACACUUCUCCUCCUUCGAAAGGUUCAACCGCUCCUUUGCUGCAGGAAUCAUGUUUUUUAUCUCCACCUUCUUUGUACUGCUGGCUAUGGCGAUCUACACCGGCGUGACGGUGAACUUCCUGGGAAAGCGCUUCGGCGACUGGCGUUUCUCCUGGUCCUACAUCUUGGGCUGGGUGGCCAUGCUCAUGACCUUCUUUGCAGGUAUUUUCUACAUAUGCGCCUACAGAAUGUGUGAGUGCCGAAGGGGAACUGGGCCACGCUAGAUGUCUCCAGAACACAGAGGACUCUUAGUUUGGAUCGACAAGCAGGAAGCAUCAGGGGAGUCACGACUGAUCCAAUGAAGAUGGAACAUCUGAUGGAGAUGCUCUCGCAGGUCUUUGGGGGUCUGCUCGACUUGUUUGUGGAAGGAUGCGGGAGCACAGUUUUUAUUCUAGGAAUGCUCAACAUUGACAAACUUAAGGCAUUAUUCGCCAGCAGAUGGCAGCACUAACACAGCUGACCAUGCGCGCUCUUCCUUUGCUUAACACAGUUGAUUUGAAUAUUGCAUUGACAGAUAAUAAACCUGUUAUAGAAAGAAGAUUGUUCAUCAUUCCUGUAUAAUGUGAAUUUGUUUAACUGGACAUGAUGUAACAACACAGAUAGAUUCUUGUCUUAUACAUGCAGAAAAAAAAAAACUUUGAGAGAGCAUUCAUUCUAUAAUUUGAAUUAAAACUGGCAAAUUUCUGAGGGCUGU